AUGGUCACUUCAGACCUAUACUCCCUUCCAAUUGUCCAACAAAUCGGUGAACCCCUUGAUGAGACCCUGGAAACUGUCGUAGAAACUAUUCAAUUCUCGAUUUUCUGUUUCACACUUCCAUUUUAUAUUUUUGUCAUUUAUUUUCUCGUGGACGCCCAGUUACAUGGGAAACAGGAAUUGUGUACACCGUUUUUCAAACUUUGCGUUACAACUGCAAUUAUUGAUAUUUGUACCCUACUGAACAAUUAUCUUGGUGCAAUGUUUCCAAAAUGGGGAUGGGGAACCGGAAUUUAUAUAUUUUUGGAUGGAUAUUGUGCACAUUUUUAUCUUUAUUUCGCGUGGACUUCUGUAAUUUGCCAAGCUAUGUGUGUAUCAGUUCUUGCCACAAAUCGUCUAUCAGCUAUUUUAUUCCCACAUCGACAUUUUCAGUUAUGGAAUUCAAAACGUCUCCGAAUAGCUGUCCUGAUUCAAUUUGUUCCAGGAAUGAUUGCCGGUUGCGCUACGUUUUUCAAUAGUACCCAGCUUUAUAGAAAUGCAAAAAAUGGAUUGGUUCCGAAAUUUCAAAAUGAAGAUCACGUCACCUACUUUUUUCUUAUUGCUGGUGCAAUUCUGACAGUUGUCUGUGUGUAUUUAAUAAUUGCAUACUCUUAUUUGCUAGCAGUUUUGAGGAAAAACAGUAAUGCUAUUAAAGACUCUAACAUGCAAAAAUCCAAAACACAAAUCAAGAAAAAAGAGAUGAAAUUGUUUAUAAUGAGCAGUAUAACAGUGGUAAUUCAAGUUGCCGCGCUCUGCCUAUUUGCGUCAUAUGCGGCGUCGAUCCUUGUCAUCUCUCUUGACAAAUUUUAUUUGUUGUAUAAUGCAAUGAGUGAUCUCUACGCCGGAAUCAACCCAUAUCUUUUAUGGAUAUUCUCAGAUUCUUUACGAAAGUAUAUACUGAUUCAAUUGGGAUUAGCCAAAGGAAGAAUGAACCCAACGUCUAGUGUUAUUACGGUCACAAGUCGCUCGCAUGUUCCAAGGAGAGCAUUCAAUGUCCCAUACACUUGA